AUGAAGGAAGUUGUGGUGGACAUAGCGCCCAAGAGGAUUAAAGGCCUUGAGUUCAGUGCACUUUCGGCUAGUGACAUCGUUGCUCAAUCGAAAGUUGAAAUUACCACGAGAGACCUCUUUGACCUGGAAAGUGGGAGAAAACCCAAGGAUGGAGGUGCUCUAGAUACAAGAAUGGGAGUUUCGUCUUCGCAGGCUGAGUGUUCAACCUGCCAUGGAAAUCUUGCAUCUUGUCAUGGCCACUUUGGGCACAUUAAGUUGUCCUUGCCUGUUUUCCAUGUUGGCUAUUUCAAGGCCACUAUCCAGGUUUUGCAGUCAGUGUGUAAGGGCUGUGCUGCCCUUUUACUCUCUGAAGAGGACAAAAGACAAUUUCUGGGCGAACUUCGUCGUCCAGGUAUAGACAAUCUGAGAAGAAUGGGAAUUUUGAAAAAAGUUGUGGAUCAAUGUAAAAAACAGAGAAGAUGCUUUGCCUGUGGAGCUUUGAACGGUGUUGUCAAGAAAGCUGCCGCUGGUUCUGGUUCUGCCUCACUCAAAAUCUUACAUGACACCUUCAGAUGGGUAGGUAAAAAAUCUGCACCAGAAAAAGAUAAAUGGUUUGGAGACUGGAAAACGGUACUUGCACAUAGUCCAGAGCUCGAACGUUACGUCAAGCGAUGCACAGAUGACUUGAACCCUUUGAAGGUAUUAAAUCUGUUUAAGCAAAUUGCACCAAGUGAUUGUGAACUACUCGGGAUCGAUAGUUCCGUCAAGUCAGGCAGACCUGAAACUUAUAUUUGGAGAUACUUGCCUGCGCCACCGGUGUGUAUUCGUCCAUCUGUGAUGAUGCAAGACUCUCCUGCGUCAAACGAAGAUGAUUUAACCGUAAAGCUUACAGAAAUUGUUUGGACCUCGUCCUUGAUUAAAGCAGGUUUGGAAAAGGGUAUUUCAAUCAAUAAUAUGAUGGAGCAAUGGGACUAUUUGCAAUUGGCAGUUGCCAUGUACAUCAAUUCGGAUUCGGUCAACCCGGCGAUGAUGCCCGGAGGAAAUGCUGGCGGGAAGACCAAGCCGAUAAGAGGCUUUUGUCAGAGGUUGAAAGGUAAGCAAGGUCGUUUCAGAGGUAACCUUUCAGGUAAACGUGUGGAUUUCUCGGGCAGAACUGUCGUAUCCCCGGAUCCCAACCUGUCGAUUGACCAAGUUGCGGUACCUGACCGUGUCGCUAAGGUGCUCACGUACCCAGAGAUGGUCACUCGCUAUAACAAACAAAAACUGCAGCAGUUGGUCAUAAAUGGACCCAAUGAGCACCCGGGGGCUAACUACAUCUUGAAAAAGGAUGAAGAGGCAAGACGCAAUCUACGUUACGGUGAUCGUUUGAAGCUCGCGAGAAAUCUCCAGUUUGGUGACGUGGUCGAGAGACAUCUGGAAGAUGGUGAUGUUGUUCUAUUUAACAGACAGCCUUCCUUACACAGACUUUCUAUUCUGUCACAUUAUGCGAAAAUCAGACCUUGGAGAACCUUCAGAUUGAACGAAUGUGUGUGUACCCCUUACAAUGCUGAUUUUGAUGGUGACGAAAUGAAUCUUCAUGUUCCUCAAACGGAGGAGGCCCGUGCUGAGGCUAUCAACCUUAUGGGUGUCAAAAACAACCUGCUAACGCCUAAAUCUGGAGAGCCCAUUAUCGCUGCUACCCAAGAUUUUAUCACCGGGUCAUAUUUGAUAUCGCAUAAGGAUUCGUUUUACAGCAGAGCUGAAUUCGUUCAGCUUUUGUCGAUGAUGUCGGAUGGUAAUUUGCAGUUUGACAUACCUCCUCCGGCCAUAAUGAAGCCUUAUUACAUGUGGACAGGAAAGCAGGUGUUCUCUCUUCUCAUCAGACCGAAUAAAAAAUCAUCUGUCGUCAUCAAUUUGGAUGCUAAGAACAAGGUUUACAUUCCUCCCAAGAGAAAAGAGUUUCCUAAUGAGAUGUCCCAAAACGAUGGUUUUGUCGUCAUUCGAGGUUCUCAAAUCCUGAGCGGUGUCAUGGACAAGUCUGUAUUGGGUGAUGGUAAGAAACACUCGGUAUUUUACACUAUUCUUAGAGAUUUUGGGCCGCAGGAAGCUGCUUUCGCUAUGAACAGAAUGGCGAAACUGUGCGCCCGUUUUCUGGGCAACAGAGGUUUCUCAAUUGGGAUCAGCGACGUCACACCUGGUUUUGAGCUUAAACGGCAGAAGGAAAGCAUGGUUGAAGAUGCAUACGCGAAGUGUGAUGAGCUCAUCGAUCAAUUCGACAAAGGAAAACUGGAAACUCAGCCCGGUUGUAAUGAGGAGCAGACACUGGAAGCUAAGAUCGGUGGUUUGCUUUCUAAAGUUAGAGAAGAAGUCGGUGAAGUCUGCAUCAAAGAGCUGGAUAAUUUGAAUGCGUGUUUGAUCAUGGCAAACUGUGGUUCCAAGGGUUCGAACUUAAAUGUCUCCCAGAUGGUUGCAGUUGUCGGUCAGCAAAUUAUCUCUGGUAAUCGUGUUCCGGAUGGCUUCCAGGAUCGUUCUUUACCUCAUUUUUUGAAAAAUUCCAAAACACCACAGUCGAAGGGUUUCGUCAGAAACUCCUUUUUCACUGGCUUAACACCACCAGAGUUUUUAUUCCACGCUAUUUCUGGACGUGAAGGUCUGGUAGAUACUGCCGUCAAGACCGCUGAGACUGGUUACAUGUCUCGUAGACUGAUGAAAUCUUUGGAAGAUCUGUCUUGUCAAUACGAUAAUACUAUCAGGACAUCUUCGAAUGGUAUUGUUCAGUUCACCUAUGGUGGUGAUGGAUUAGACCCCAUCGACAUGGAAGGUAACGCACAACCUGUCAAUUUCGCGAGAUCAUGGGAACACGCGAACAACAUCACAUUCAAUCACAUCGACAAAGGAUUGCUUCCUUACCAAAUAAUGCAACAGACGAAUAAGAUUCUAGAACCGCUUGAAAAGAAACUCUUGAGAUAUGACAAUUUGGGUAAUCUGCUAAGUGGACUUGAGGCGCAAUGCGAAGAUUUCAUAGAUCAGCACGAUGCGGAAAGAAACUUCUACCAAUCGUUAAGAUCAUACCUAGAAGAUAAGGCUAACCACUUGGCAAAAACGAGAAAGCACAAGGGAUUAAUGGAGUAUUUGGAAGAACCAGCCGCCGAAUUGCAAGAAAUGGAUUUGGAUGACAAAGCUUCGGAAGCAUCCAUAGCAUCAGUUUCUCAAUUGUGCAAAAUCUCGUCCUCACUGGUUGGGAAAUUUUUGGAAAUAGCAAUCUUCAAAUACCAUAAGGCCAAGGUCGAACCUGGAACGGCAGUCGGUGCCGUGGGUGCGCAUUCGAUUGGUGAGCCUGGUACACAGAUGACAUUGAAGACUUUCCAUUUUGCUGGUGUCGCUUCUAUGAAUGUAACGCUUGGUGUACCUCGUAUCAAGGAAAUUAUCAACGCCUCAAAAGUCAUUUCCACACCUAUUAUCAACGCCGUUCUCGUCAAUGACAAUGAUGAAAGAGCCGCUAGAGUGGUUAAGGGUAGAAUCGAAAAGACAUUGAUGUCCGACGUGGCCUUCUAUAUUCAGGACGUCUACCGGGACAACAUGUCGUUUCUACAGGUUAAAGUGGACUUGAGCACCAUUGAGAAAUUGCAAUUGGAGCUGACGGUUGAAGAUAUCGCAGUUGCAAUAACAAGAGCAUCUAAACUCAAAAUUGCAGCUUCUGAUGUCAGUAUUGUCGGGAAGGACAAAAUCAACAUCAACGUCUAUCCCGAAGGUGCUAAACUCAAAUCAGUCUCUACUUCAGCUAAGGAACCUCCUGAAAAUGAGCUGUUUUACAGAAUCCAACAUUUACGUCGUGCACUGCCCGCAAUAGUUGUUAAGGGUCUUCCUGACAUUGCAAGAGCGGUCAUCAAUGUUAAAGACAAUGAGAAGAGGGAACUUCUGGUCGAAGGCUACGGUUUACGCGAUGUUAUGACCACGGAUGGUGUGAUCGGCUCAAAAACAAAGACAAACCAUGUUUUGGAAGUUGUUAGCGUACUGGGAAUUGAAGCAGCAAGGGCCAGUAUCAUCGGUGAAAUUGACUAUACUAUGAGUAAUCACGGUAUGAGUGUUGAUCCUCGUCACGUACAGCUAUUGGGUGACGUUAUGACCUAUAAGGGUGAGGUGCUGGGUAUCACACGUUUCGGUCUGAGUAAAAUGAGAGACUCGGUGCUGCAACUUGCGUCGUUCGAGAAGACCACUGAUCAUUUGUUCGAUGCCGCCUUCUACAUGAAGAAGGACGCCGUCGAAGGUGUCUCGGAAUGCAUUAUUUUAGGCCAGACGAUGUCCAUUGGUACAGGUGCCUUUAAGGUCGUAAAGGGUACGUCUUUGUCUACCGAAGACCUAAAACCUAAGCCAGUACUUUUUGAAGAUUUGUGCAAGAAUGUCUCAACUCUGAAAGUCAACUAG